AUGGUUAUGGUUCACUUUGUUCUUGCUGUUGCGGCGACAAAGAAGUGGGAAUUGUAUCAAAUAGACGUCCACAAUUCUUUCCUUCAUGACAUCAUUCAAGAAGCAGGCCUACUUGGUGCACAACCCGUGGCUACACCUCUUGAGCAGAAUCAACUUGGACUAGCCAUUAGAUGCUACAUUGAUCAACUUGACAGGUAUCAACGCCUUGUUGGGCGCCUCAUAUACUUGUGUUUCACCAGACCGGAAUUGUCCUACUGUGUCCAUACCUUGUCGCAAUUCAUGCAACAACCGCGUGAAGAACAUUAUAAUGCAGCCAUUCGAAUGGUGAUAUACCUCAAAGGAAGUCCUGGGCAAGGAAUUCUCCUCAAAAGCACAUAUGAUUUCCAACUGCAUGGAUGGUGUGACUCCGACUGGGCCGAAUUUCCAUUAACUCGGCGUUCAACUACUAGGUGA